AUGUGGCGCCGAACAUACCUCGUCCUCAUCCUGGUGCGGCUGUGGUUCGCCAUGUCGCCAAGCUAUCUGCACCCGGACGAGAACUUCCAAGGACCGGAAGUGAUCGCUGGCGAAGUGUUUAGCUACCCCGUCCGACUCACCUGGGAGUUCACGAGCGACCACCCGAUCCGAAGCGUCUUCCCAUUAUGGCCGGUGUACGGCCUCCCGAUGUUCCUCCUGCGCUGGCUAUGGAUCGGCAACGGCGGCGACGGCGAAAUCCCCCCGCAUGUCGUAUUCUGGGUCUUGCGCCUCCUCAUGUUCGUCAUGAACUUUGUGCUGCUCGACUGGGCGAUCUACGAGCUGGUGCCGGCCAAGCGUCACCGGCAGACUGCGGUUGUUCUUGUCGCGUCGUCGUACGUGACGUGGACCUACCAGACACACACGUUUUCGAACUCGGUUGAGACGCUCGUGGUUGCCUGGAGUCUGGUCCUGAUCGACCGCAUCGUCGAAGGGCGCCAAGACCGUGCUUCGGUGCUCGCCCCCUCGAUCCUGGGCAUUGUUGUGGUGUUUGGCAUAUUCAACAGAAUAACUUUCCCUGCCUUUUUGCUGAUUCCCGGCCUUCGUUUGAUACCCUACUUUAUUAAUAGACCGUUAUCUUUUACCGCACUUGCUCUGUCGGGCCUUUUGACGACAAUUGUCGCCAUCGCCUUCGACACUGCCUUCUACACGCCGCACCAGAUAUCCUGGGGAGACCUGCUUUUCCACCCCGUUAUCACACCUCUCAACAACCUCCUUUACAACAUGUCGCCCGCAAACCUCGCCGAGCACGGUCUGCAUCCCUGGUACCAGCACCUGCUGGCCAACAUUCCCCUGCUGAUAGGCCCGGCGGCAGCGCUUCUCUUCCUCCAACCGCACCUGUCCCUGCGGCUCUAUUCGGCCGUGUCGGGUAUCUUUGUGCUGUCCAUUUUCCAGCACCAAGAGGCACGCUUCUUGCUGCCUACGAUCCCGCUGAUCCUGUCCUCGGUGCAGCUACCGCGCAACUCGCGCCUGCUGCAUGCUUGGGUGUCUGCGUGGAUCGCAUUCAAUGUGCUCCUUGGCAUCCUGAUGGGUGUGUAUCACCAGGGCGGCAUUGUGCCGACGCAGAUUUUCAUGAGCCGGCAGCCGGACGCGACACAGGCGAUCUGGUGGAAGACGUAUAGCCCACCGAUAUGGCUGCUGAACGGCAAGAACGAGGUGCUCCAGACACGCGACGUCAUGGGCCUGCCGGGCGACCAGCUCAUGGAGCAGCUGACGGCGCUAGCGACGUGCGACACGCCGGCGGACCGGCGCAACAAUGAGUACCUCAAGGAGAAGAACGGCACAUACCUGAUCGCGCCGCUGUCGGCGACGUGGCUCGACCAGUACCUGCCCAACAAGGGCCUCGAGGGCCUGCGCUUCCGCGAGGUGUGGCGCUACCGCCAACAUCUGAACCUGGACGACUUGGACUGGGGCGACGAUGGCGUGUGGAACACGCUGUCGCGGGUGGUCGGGCGGCGCGGCAUUGCCGCAUGGCGUGUGACCAAGAGUUGCCCCGACCAGCGCAAGCGGUGA